GUCGGAGCCUUCGUUGCGCGAAGACACGUCGUCGCUGUGCCGGUGCGCGUCGCGAGUGUAGUGUCCACAAGUGUUUGAUGUUCCGAGACAAUGAAGAUGCCGUGCAGUGCAGUUAGGCCAUGACCAAGCCAGCGUAGCCGAUCACCCCCAGGUCCACCAACCAGGACAUACCGUUCUUCAUGAUCUGGCUUGCCUUUUUAGCGGUGAUGUUCAGGAGGGAGACACCGGCCAGGUCGGUGUCCCCGGAAACAGCUCCUGUUACCAGUGGCCUCCAGUGGACAUGCCUGCCAUGACUCGGACCCGUUUGCCCCGGAGGCGUCCGGGUCUAAGGCCGCCGGACACUCGAUCCAGAGGGCGUCCAGGCAGAAUUUGAAGAAGGCCUCGCCGAGGCGAAGGAACGGCGCGCGGUCCGUCAUGCAGGGAAUCUACUGGGCGGUUUCCGUCAAGAUAGUCGCGGCAAUACCCUCUACGUGCUGUUGACGGUGCAUGCACAAUGGUGAACUGAAUGCUUCGACAGGUGAUUCAGAUAUCUUGACGGUUCGGGGGACGUCAUCUCGUCCCGGAAGAUGAUACAUCGCAGAGGAACUACAGAUUUUGGUUCCGUCGAGCAGUAGCACCUCUCUGGCAGAAGCCUUCAUUGCCCACUGCACUGCAGGUCCAUGGAUUAGCAAUCACUGAUCAUUUCUAGCGAGGUCUUGCCAAACAAAACUAUGCCCCACAGAUGCGUUGUCUGCGACAAGAUUUUCUCAAAGUUGAAAGAUCUCACCAAGCAUUUCCGCUCGCAUACCGGGGAGAAACCGUAUAAGUGUGAAGAGUGCAAGAAGAACUUCAGUACCAAGGGCGGCCUGCGAGUGCACAUCGGCAGCCACACUGGAGAGAAGCCUUUCCGGUGCGCGGUGUGCAACAAGAACUUCAGACUCAAGAGUCACCUGAGAUGUCAUAUUUUCACCCACACUGGGCAGAAGCCUCAUAAGUGCUCAGAGUGCGGCAAGGGCUUCAAUGUGAAGGCCAACCUGCGAAGACACAUCCAGACGCACACCGGGGAGAAACCUUACGAAUGCCCCGUGUGCCGUGCAAGGUUCAGUGAACGCGCCUACGUUCGGAAACAUCUUCUGACCCACACUGGAGAGGAGCCUUUUAGGUGCGCGGUGUGUGACAAGGGCUUCACUAUGAAGGGCAACCUACUAAGACACAUCCGGACCCACACUGGGGAGAAACCUUUCGGAUGCUCCGUCUGCGGUGCUAGGUUUACUGAACGAGGCUCCGCACGGAAUCACCUUCUGAUCCACACUGGGGAGAAGCCUUAUAGGUGCGCAGUGUGCAGUAAGAGCUUCAACCAGAAGACCCACCUUCGGCGCCAUCUUCAGACCCACCUUCGCACCUACACUGGGAGGAAGUUCGAGUGUAAGGUCUGCCAUAGGAAGUUCAGCAAGAGAGGCGACCUUGGACACCAUGCUCGCAGCCACACUGGAGAGAUGUUUGAGUGCACGGUCCGCAUCAAGAAGUUGAGUGAAUCUGAUGUAGCUGCACAAAUUGGGAAGUGGACCUACGAGGCCUCCGAGUCUGAUGCACCUGAAGAUGAUAAACCUUCACUAGAUGCACCUGAAGAUGGAGCACCUUCAGAUGACGAACCUUCAGAUGAUGCAUCAGAAAAUAAUGCACCUGAAGAUGAUGCCCGUUCAGAUGAUGCACCUGUAGAACCAAAAUAUGAUGCACCUGAAGAUGACGCACCAGAAAAUGAGUCACCAAACUAUAAUGCACCUGAAGAACCAAACUAUGAUGCACCUGCAGCUAAACGCGUAGGGAAGAAGAGAUCCUCGAAGGCGCCUGAAGCCCCUCGACCUGCACGCAAAGCGAAGAAGCGGGUCUCUAAUGCUCCACAAGUCGCUCCGACCACCGCUGCUCGAAAUCGGAAGAAAGUGGGCUCCAAGGCGUCUAAGGCUGAUGCAGCUGCACGGAAGGGGAGGAAGGUGUCCUCCAAGGCGUCUCACACUUCUUCAGCAGCCGCAGGUUCCAGAAGGAGUCGGCAGAAGUGCGCUGAAGAGGACUCCGCCAGAGGAGAACACAGCCAGGAUGGGCCGUCCUUGGCCGUGCUGCCGGACGCCGUGCUGCUGCAGAUUCUGUCCUGGCUGCCCGUCGAGGACCUGCUGAGGGCGGCGCGGGUGUGUCGCCGCUGGAGGAAGCUGACGGCGCGUCCCGAGGCGUGGCGGCGCGCGGACGUGGUGGUGACGUCAUCGACCUGCAAGAAGCAGAUGUGGCUGCUGGAGCGCGCGCCGCAGCUGCGCCUGCUGGACAUGAGCGGCCUGGCCACGGCCGACGACUGGGGCUUCGAGCACGACGAGGCAGUGCGGGACGCGUGGGAGCGCCUCGACUGCAUGGACUGCCCGGCCAGGCAGCUCGACAUCCGCGUGGAGCGGGACGGCUGUGCCAAGAUCGGACUGCUGGCGAGAUGGGGCCCGCAUUUGAAGAGACUGACGCUGCGCCUGGGCACUGGAUUCUGCGAGUUCGGUCGCGAGUACGGGCAGAUGCAGCUCGCCAUCAAGAUCGUCGGCAGCUCGAUGGCCCAGCUCACCCACCUGGACCUGACGUACGAGCAGCAGGAGGGGGCGCCUGGCGGCUACGACAAGGAGCUGGGCAAGGGAUGCCCCUCCCUGGUGUCCUUCACGUUCCACUUCCCCACUCAGCGGGACUACGGCCACUGGAAGGAGGUGGUGCUGGACGUGCUGGCCCACAAGAGCGGCCAGCUGACGGAGCUGGCGCUGCUGGCCUCGGACAAGUGCCCCGAGGUGCCCGCCGAGCUGUGGCCUGCCAUCGGCCGGUGCACGCAGCUGCGCCGCCUCGCCGUGCCGACGCCGCCGGGCCUGGCCGUGGUCGGGCAACUGCCGCUGCUCCGGGACUUGUCGCUGCAGCCGUCGGAGCACGCUAGCGUCGACGAGGAGACCCGUGAGCUGCUGCUGGCGGGGCACGCUGUGCUUGGGGGACUGCAGCGGCUGGAGCUGCAUUUGCCGGCCGCGCCGCCCGCCGCGUCGAGGACCUACGGCCCGGGGCCUAUCCGCCGCCCCACGGACCACAUGGCUGUGUUACUGGACGACCUGCUCAGCCGGAUUUGCAGCGAGGUGCGAUGCCUGUGCCUGACUGGAGGCUGCUACCCCGCUGCCGUGAUGGCCGGUCUUCUGGGGGACGUCACCAGGAUGCCCGCCUUGACCGAGCUCCGCCUGCGUGCCGUCCAAGACAUGCGGUCGGGCCACCUGCAACAGCUGGCCGCCUCAGGCCGUCUAAAGGUUAUUCGCCUUGAAGACGUCUCGGUGAAGCAUGACAUGCUGGUGUGGAGUGUGGAUCUCCCUGGGCUUCAACACCCGACUGAGUAGAGCAUACGUGUGGUGUUCCCCUAUGACCCUUUCGUUUUUGGUUAUUUGUCCAACAAAGUAGCCAACGAGGUCAUUUCAGUGAUCAGUUUAAUUCAGUAUUAUUUCUUGUAGACUAUUUGAAGGCAUUAUAUUUUGCUAAGCGAACUGCUUGUGCCGUUAUUAUACCAUAAAUGAAGUUUGAACUGCUGCGUUGAGACCUAAUAUGUCAUCGUCUCUUUUGUUAUGUAUUUAUGUGUGAUUUAUAUCAUUGCUGACUAUGUGUGAUUGACGGUUUUGGUGUGCGAUAACACAAUGUUGAGUUUCAAUAAAUGUCUGAACAUGAGAUGCUCGAAACAAAA